AUGCCUCGGCUGUACUCGUUCGACAUGAAGCAGUGUUUUGCCAAGAUGUGUUCUGCUGAGAAGUUGAUUCGGCAGAAUUCUGUAAAGCCCUUGAAACCGACUAGAAGGUUUGGAGGCCUUGUUUUGUCCCCUGCAGGCACGAGCGUGGUGUCGCCCACCGAUAGAAAGUACAUUGAAAAGUACGGGCUGGCAGUUGUCGACUGUUCUUGGAACAGAGUUGAAGAGAUAGACUUUAAAACACUCCCAGCCAUGCGGAACCGGCUGCUUCCUUACUUGGUUGCAGCAAACACGAUAAACUAUGGAAGGCCGUGCAAGCUAAACUGCGCAGAGGCCUUCUCGGCUGCGCUUUUCAUAUGCGGGUUUAAAGACGAGGCGAAGAAUCUUAUGGAGACGUUCUCGUACGGGCAGGAGUUUUUUAAAAUCAACAGCGAGCUGCUGCUGGCGUACUCUGAGUGUGCGUCCGCCGAGGAAAUUAUUAAAGUACAAAAUGAGCAGAUUUCUGCACGAAAAAAUAAAGAAUGA